AUGUCUGAAAACCUCAUCAACGCCGGAGACAUCCCGGUUCCGGACCAAGCCGCCGCUCUGAUGGUGUUGACCUGUGGUUACACCAGAGUCACCUCGAUCAGAUGCACCAAGUAUAAUGGAGGCCACGGGGAGUUCGCGCCUAGGGGGAUGCCGCCGAUAUGGCAAAGGUGGUUGAAUGGGCACCGCUACUACUGCGAAGUCCUGCUUGAGAACGGCAUAGAGGUCGAUGAGAAGAAUAACACGGGCAGGAACGCAGUCGACAUUGCCCGAACAGCGCUCACCGAUACCAAUGACAAGCUCGCGGAGGUCCGGGCCCGCUGUGAUACGGAAAACAACAAGGACAAGAAAGACGAAGCGAGAAUCAGCCAACUCGCUUUUGAGAUAGCGAGUGGAGGAGAUGAAGGGAAAAUUGGAGAGCACGAUCUCAUACCUGGAGGGAAAGCUUCGUGCUGCCCAGCAAGCAGCCCAGGCAGCCCAAGCUUGCAGACGUUCAUAGCUGAGUAUCUGGUAGGAGUGACGGAAGCGCUGUGCAAUAGCUACUAA